AAAAUGAACGAGACGACGACACUGGCGCUAGAUGAACCUCCAGUUGAGUUUGGCUAUCAAACUACAAUCAGUAUAUUUCAAGUAGUGACUACAAUAACUGCAUUCCUGGGACUUCCUGGCAAUGUUUUCGCGUACAUGACCGCCUCUAAGUUUACUCAGAAAUCAUCAGGACAAACAUUCAUCAAAUGUCUGGCUGUGAGCGACACUGUGGCUGGGUUCCAAGAUGGAUUCAUGGAGGCACUGCUGGCCUUCCUUGGAGUCAGUUUCUUCACUCUUCACCCUCUGCUCUGUCGGUUCCUCGGAUGGUUCACCUAUUUCUCGUCAAGUGCAGCUGGCUAUGUUCUUCUUGCAACCGCAUUUGACCGAAUGAUUGCAAUUUGGAAACCAAUCUGGUACAAACAGAAAUCCAAACCAAUCCGAGCUUCAAUAACUUCACUCGCACUUUGGUUGGUAGUUGGACUUUCGAUGCUGCCGAACUUUUUCGAGUACGACUUGAUCGGAACAUACUGCAAUUUCGUGGAUACAAAUCCUUGGGCUUUUUUGCAUGGCUGGCAAUUCGAUGUUUACUAUGAGUUCAUUUUCAUCGGAGGUUUCAUUUUACCAGGAAUUUUGAUGGUAAUAGUGAACUUUCUUAUCAUAUACAAGUUGAAGAAAUCUUCAGCGAGUGUUUCAAGGAAAGACAGAGAAGUGACCAUAUGUCUGAUUGUGGUUUGUGUAUCUUUUCUGUUAUGUCUAAGUGGACUGGGGAUCUUGGCACGACUCAGCCUAAUUUUGGCCCAAACAAACCCGAGUGGGGCGAAUCUCAUCAAUUAUAUCAGAAAAUUUCCUGCAGUGUUGAACAACUCGAUGAACUUCUACGCUUAUUUUGCAGCCAGUUCAUAUUUCCGGAAAACCUUCUUCGAGGCCAUUGGAAUGGCAAAGUCGGACGAUAGAAGGACUAGCACAGUCGGAUCGAACAUUAGACAGAGUGGAGCUCCGGUAUCAACUAAGUAACCCGAAAAUCUAUUGAAGGGCCAAAAAUGCGCAAAGAUGACCUGUAAUCAACCAGCCUGCCAAAUCUUUUUGAUUCUCUUUUUUCAAUAUCAGCUUUCCUGCACUCAUUUUGAACCAAUCUUUACCCUGUUCCUUAAUUUAUAACUGUAAUCAGACUGAUCAAACAUCGAAUUUAA